AACUUUUUUUUCGUCUUCGUCGAUUGCCUUUUCCACUUUUGUCUCUUUCCUUGGGCCAAUAGCAAAUUAUCAAGUUACCUUCUAUGCGAAGUUGUUUCCCCUUCUUCAUGAGACUUCUCACUUCAUUGCCUCACUUAAACAUUCUCUGCUUAUUCUGGAACAAACAAUUUUGUUAUUCUUCAAGGCCUUCUCUCUCUCGUUCUUUGUUUCUUUCCUUCUAUCGAUCUCUGUGCAUUUGCUAUGAUGACUCCUCGAGAUCACAUUGAGUUUCUUAGGAAAGAAUGGUUCUCAGUCGGAGGAGGAACCAAUUAUCUAGCUCCCAUGCUUUCCAAUGCUGUUGAAUAUCUUUCUGCUGAGCUCUACACAAAGGAUGUCCACUUUCUCAUGGAAGUCAUCCAGAAUGCAGAAGAUAACGAAUAUCCGGAAGAGGUGGAUCCUUCGCUUGAGUUUGUCAUAACAACUCGGGACAUAACAGCUACCGGUGCCCCUGCCACAUUGCUCAUUUUUAACAACGAGAAAGGUUUCCAUGGCAAAAAUAUCGAGGCUCUUUGCAACGUUGGAAAUUCCACUAAGAAAGGCAACAGGAAACGCGGUUAUAUUGGGGAGAAAGGAAUUGGGUUCAAGAGCGUGUUUCUAAUCAGUGCUCAACCUUACAUAUUCAGUAAUGGCUAUCAGAUACGCUUCAAUGAAAAGCCUCGUCCACCGUGCAAACUUGGAUUCAUAGUUCCUGAAUGGGUUGAGGAGAGUCCAUCCCUUGACGACAUCCAGCAAAUAUAUGGUCCCAGUUCCUCACUUCCUUCUACGGUUAUAAUACUGCCUCUGAAGCCUGACAAGAUGGAAGCUGUGAAGCAACAGCUUUCGAGCCUCCAUCCUGAGGUCCUGUUAUUCCUUUCAAAGAUAAAGCGCCUUUCUGUCAGGGAAGAUAAUGACGAUCCCAGACUUAAUACUAUUAGUUCAAUAGCUAUUACCAAGGAGACCAAUCUUGUGACGAGGAAGAAUAUUGAUGCUGAAUCCUUCACGCUCUAUCUGUCUGCAGAGGAAAAUGGUGACACCUCCAGAGGAGAAUGCAGCUACUAUAUUUGGAAACAGAAGUUUCCUGUCAGACCGGAGAACAAAGUUGAAAGGAGAAUGGAAGUCGAGGAGUGGGUGAUCACUUUGGCUUUUCCUAAUGGAGAUCGUCUGCAUAGAGGAAUGAGCUCACCUGGUGUUUAUGCAUUUCUUCCUACUGAGAUGGUCACAAACUUUCCUUUCAUAAUCCAAGCAGAUUUUAUUUUAGCAUCGUCACGGGAAACAAUACUUAUGGACAACGUGUGGAAUCAAGGAAUUCUUAAUUGUGUGUCCUCUGCCUUUGUUCAAGCAUUGAUCUCACUAGUUAGAACCAUAGAAGAAGCACCGGUAUCUAAUCUGCCUCGAAUGUUCGAGUUCCUCCCUGUCAGCAGCUCUCCCUAUCCAAAAUUGAAUGCUGUGAGGGACUCAAUCAAAGCAAAGCUGGUCGAAGAAAACAUUGUUCCAAGUGAAUCAUGUUUGGAGCAGAAGUUCUUCCAUAGACCAUGUGAAGUUGGUCGAAUAAUGCCUGAAUUCUGGAAUAUAUUGGACAAGGCAAGGGAUCAAGGAGUGAGCUUGCUUAAUCUUUCAUCCCAUGGUCUUUAUGCUCUUAAUUCUUCAUUUGACCAACCGAUGUAUGAUCAAAUACUGAAUUUCUUGGGAGUGGGAGCAAUGAACAAUGAAUGGUAUGCAAAGUGUAUUAAGGGCUCUAAUCUUGUUAUGGGUGUCUCAGAGGAAACUUACUCAGAGCUCCUCAUUUUUCUUGCUGAGAACUGGCAGUCUAAGUUUCGCAACACUGACAUGUUGAACAUUCCACUUAUAAAAUAUGUUGAUGUUGAUGGGAGUGUGCAUUUGUGCAGUCUGAAUGAAUCAGCAAGAAAUAAAUUUCAGUGCUGCUUGUCCGAAAAAAUUGAUUAUGCAUCAUGGUUGAUUGAUUGGAACAGAGAAUUCAGAAGCGUGGCAAAACGUUUUUUUGUGCCAAGGAGCACACAACAAGCUCUCAGAUCGUCUUCCAAAUUGCAGGCGGUGUGGCAUUGGCUCAUAAAUCAUGCUAAACUCACUGCUUGCAAUGUAUUUGAGUAUGCAACUGCACUCUGUAAUCAUGUUAGUGAUGAUCGAAAGCUUGUCGUUGCCUAUGUUCACUUUUUAUACAACUCCUCCUCCAAGAAUUAUCUCUCAGAAUCGGAGGUCAAGCGUUUAUGUGGUAGCAUGCCCCUCUUGAAUAACUAUGGGCGUGUGAUCACCACGUGGAGUGCCGUUCUUGUACCAGCCAGUGUAAGCAAAUGGGUACAAUUAUGCUGGGCAAAUCCUUGGGUAAAUGAUGGCUAUAUUGAGUUAUCAGAAGACUAUUCUUACUUUGGAUAUUAUGCUGGUCAAGGCACAUCGGGAAACCAACUCAUUGCUUUCCUGAAAGCUCAUCUUAGUGCUUGUGAUAUUCCUCAUAUAACUCCUCCCAAUGCUGGAAUUCGUACUGUGUCUGGACCACUUACUAAGGACAAUGCAUUCUUACUGUUGGAUUGGAUUCACAACCUAAAAUAUAGAGGAAUUCGUAUUCCAGAAAGGUUUCUAACUUGCAUAAUGGAGGGCAGUUGGUUGAGAAUCACUACGAAUGGCUCUUUUGGUUACAGACCGCCUUCACAGUCAUUCCUUCUGAGCUCAAACACAGGAAAUUCAAACUGGGGUAAAAUCAUGCAGAAUGCAUCCGUGCUUGUUGACAUUCCACUAAUUGAUCUGGACUUUUAUGGUGACAAAAUUUUGAAGUACAAAGAGGAUCUAAAAACCAUUGGAGUCAUGUUUGAAUAUGGAGAGGCAUGUGAAUUCAUCGGGAAGCAUCUCAUGUCUCUUGCAAAUUCAUCUACCUUGACCAGAAGCAAUGUGAUUUCAAUACUGAAUUUUGUUAAAUUUCUAAGGGAAAGUUUGCUUCCUCUAGAUAAAUUCAUCCACAGUGUUAGAGGAGGAAGGUGGCUGAGAACAUCCCGUGGUGAUAGAUCUCCGGUUGGUUCUGUACUAUACGAUAAGGAGUGGUCAACUGCUGAGCAAAUAAGUGACAUCCCCUUCAUCGAUGCACAAUAUUAUGGAGAAGAACUUCUUUGUUUCAAAACAGAACUUCAGUUGCUGGGCGUCAUAGUUGACUUCAGUGAGAGUUACCACUUGGUUGUUGACUGCCUGAGAUCUCCUUUAACAAGUCUGACAUCUGAAGCUCUUCUCUUAUUACUGAAUUGCAUGCGUCACUCUAGAUUUGCUGAAAAAAUAGUUAAUGCAUGUAGAAGCACAAAAUGCCUGAAGACCAACCUUGGUCAUAAGUCCCCAAGUGAAUGCUUUUGUUUUGAUCCUGAGUGGGGUUGCCUUCUAGAGGUUUUUGGUGGUAUUCCAUUGAUUGAUCAUAAUUUCUAUGGGGACAGAUUAUUCUCCUUCAAAAUGGAGUUAAAGCAACUGGGAGUAAAGGUAGAUUUUGAGGAGGCUAUCAAAGGCUUUGUACUGACUUUUAAGCAGCGAGCAUCAUCGUCUUCGAUUACAGCAAAAAAUGUGUUUUCGUUCUUGUCAUGCUACAGACAGCUUAAGGGAACUUUUAAAUUUCCUUCAGAUCUAAAGAAAUGCAUCCGUGAAGAGAAGUGGUUAAAGACUCGGCUUGGUGAUUUUAGAUCUCCACAAGACUGCAUUCUGUUCGGACCAGAGUGGGAGUCAAUCUCUCCAAUUACUCUCCUUCCCCAUAUUGAUGAUGGUGAAAAUUGUUAUGGGAUGAGCAUCCAUGAAUAUAAAAAAGAACUGAAGAGUAUGGGGGUUGUUGUUGAAUUGAAAGAUGGUUUAAAGUUUGUGGUUGCUAGUCUUCGUUUUCCUCGGAAUCCCAGACUCAUAACUCCUAUGAAUGUGCUUUCACUGCUGGCAUGCAUUCGGCUUUUAUUGCAGGAGGGUUACUCCUUUGGAGAUGAUUUUUUGCAAAAGGCUUCUGUAAAAUGGUUAAAGACCCAAGCUGGUUACAGAGCUCCAGAUAAGUGCUGCUUAUUUGAUUCCAAGUGGGCUUCUUAUUUGAAGCAGACUGACGGUCCGUUCAUAGAUGAAGAAUUUUAUGGCUUUAACAUCCAGUCAUACAAAGAAGAGUUGAGCAUAUUCGGAGUUAUUGUUGAUGCUGAAAAGGGAUGCUCAUUGCUCGCCAGUCACCUAACUUAUCACUCUGACUUUGCUAGCAUCAUUCGAAUAUAUAAUAUCUUGAGCGCAUACGAGUGGAAGUCUGAGGGUGAAGGAUCUGGCAGGAUAUGGGUUCCAUUAGGACGUCACGAUGAACUUGGUAACGGAAAAUGGGCUGAUCCAACAGAGUGUGUUCUGCAUGACAAAGACCAACUCUUUGGUUUGCAGUUGAAUGUUCUAGACAAAUACUAUGAUCCUAAAUUACUCAAUUUCUUUUCCUCUGCAUUUGAUGUUAAAUGCAAUCCUUCCCUUGAUGAUUAUUGCAAGAUUUGGAAGGCUUGGGAAAGCACAAGAAGCAGUUUGACACAUGAUGAGUGUCGUGCGUUCUGGAGAUGCGUUAUGAAGCACAGGAGCACAAAAGUAGAGAAAACUCUGGCCAACGAAUUGGUAAAGUUGCCUGUUGUUUCAUGCUCUGGUGAAGUAUUAUUGUUUGACAAGCGUGAUGUUUUUAUAGCGGAUGACCUUCUUCUGAAGGACCUCUUUGAGGAGUUUUCACCCCGCCCCAUUUUUGUCUGGUACCCUCAGACGAGCAUGCCUUCCUUGCCCCGGAGUAAAUUGCUUGAACUGUACAGGGCAAUUGGCGUCCAAACAAUUUCUGAAUCUGUUCAAAUGGAAGAACUCUCUUUAGAAGAUAGUGUGGGACUUAAGCGGGCAAAUCCAAGUGACAUUUUGAUUGGAAAAGGGCUAGUUAGACUCAUUCUUGGCUUUCUAGCGGAUCCUUCAUUUAACAUGGGAGCAAGGAGGAGACGUGAAGCUGUGCAGUGCCUCCUCAAUCUCACUGUGCUGGAGACUGUCGAACCGAUAAAUGUAAGCUAUAAUUUAUUACUCUCCUCAGGUGAGAUAGUGAACGCAAAAGCUAGCCAAAAGAUACGGUGGGACAAAGAGAGUUCUGUUUUGUUUGCACAGAAGAAUGAUUUUGCCGGUGGACAGAAAAAUCUUAUUGAAUAUGCAACAUAUUUCUCUGAGGUAAUAGCUGAGGGAGUGUUAUGGGAAAUAGAAGAUCACAUAUGUCCACUCUCUGAGCUCAUUAAGUUGGCUUUCCUACUAAAUUUUGAUGAAGCAGCAGUUCAAUAUUUGAUGAAGUCCAAGAAUCUGCAAAUUUUCAUGGAGGAUGAGGAGUUCUUGUCUGCUGCCUUCCAGUCUGGGUGAAUUGGUAAAUGAUCACUACAAAUUAAUGGUAUUUCCGGCGGUUGCGUAGGGGGGAUUUUGUCAAUUGCCUCAUGAAGCUGAUCUUAGCAAAUUUCAGAGGCGGUUGUUAAGGACGUCUCUCCUACUAGCAGCGUGAAGAAAAAGCUAUCUAUAACCGCUUAAUCUUCCUAAAAUUUUUAAUUCAAAACCCGCUAAAAAACCAUGUUGCAUGACUCUAGAUAACUGUUGUUUUUCAUUUGUCUUCAUGAAUAAUGCACUCAUGCUAUUCAUUGAUUUCUUGCAUAUCCAUUUAUGAUUUCUACAACAAUUU